GGAUAUAAUCAACAGCCACGGUUCAAGAAGCAGAAGGAAGCAAGGAAGGGCUUCUUCAGCGGUCCUGCCACUCUUCUUGCUCGCGGUCACUUCAGGCGCUUUCUCCCCUCCCUCCCCUUUCUCCCUUCACUCCCCACCUCUGGGGUAUUCAUUUCUCUUGGCUUUUGCCCCCCUGGAAACUGCCAUCCUGAAGUUUCUGGUGGUGCUACUGGCCGCAGGGAUGCUCGCUUUCCUUGGUGCAAUCAUUUGCAUCAUCGCGAGCGUCUACCCUGCGGCCAGCCAUGCCGGAGCCCUCCAAGGUGCUGAUAAUGGCUCCAAUGCCGCGGCCUCUGCUCUGCUGCCCGCCUCCGGUUCCGACAAGACGCUGGGAGCCCUCCACGGGACGGGCGAAAGCAGCUACGGAGGCUUCUCGACAGGCUCCCAGGACUCUGUGCUAGACCUCCUGGCUAGCGCCCGGCCGCAGCAGCAUCAGCAACUCUUCAGCCGCUUCCUAUGCACCCCGCUGACGGUCGAGUGCCCCGCGGAAGGAAGCCCGCAAGGGGACAGUCCCGCGGCGGCGGCGGCGAGCGAAGAGCUGUUCUUUCUCCAGAGCACAGCCGAGCAGCUAAGGCAGACGGCGCAGCAGCAGAAGGAGCAGAUCCGCACCGAUCAGGAGACUAUCCGGGAGCUGACCACCAAGCUGAGCCAGUGUGAGAAUGGGCUGGAGCUCAGUUUCCAGGAUAGUCCCUCUGUCUGGGGGAUCCCCAGGCAAGACGCCAUGCCCAUGGACGACCUGUCGUGGGAUUCGCCUGUUAUGAUCCAGGAACUGGAGGAAGCAGUUAGGUCUCUGAAAGACAGGAUUGACAAGAUCGAGCAGGAUAUUCCCACUCGAAUGAAUACUUCUUCUACUUCUGCCCCUGUGCCAGCUCAAGAGACCAUCCACACCAAGAUGGAGGAACUGGAAGGACAAAUCCUCUCUAAGCUUUUAGCUCUGGAGAAAGAACGCACCUCCAUCACCAGCAGCCACAAUGUACAGCAACAAAAUGUCGAAAAGGAGCUGGAUACUCUCCAUAACCGAGUCUCUGAGCUUGAGCAUGAAACAACAGUCUUCAAUGCUCCAGAAGCCUUUAAAGUUUCCAUCCCUGUACGAAACAACUACAUGUACGCUCGGAUGAAGAAAAGCUUGCCUGAACUAUAUGCCUUCACUAUCAGUAUGUGGCUAAAAGCUAAGAAUUCAGCAGAAGUGGGCACCCCUUUCUCCUAUUCUGUUCCUGGACAAGCCAAUGAGCUUGUACUGAUAGUAUGGGGAAACAAUCCUAUGGAACUUAUAAUUAAUGACAAGGUGGCUCAUCUGCCCAUGAUUUUAAAGGAUGGGACAUGGCACCAUAUUUGCAUUACAUGGAUCACUCGGGAUGGCAUUUGGUCUGUGUAUCAAGAUGGAGUGGAGCAUGGAGCCAGUGAUAACCUAGCAUCUUGGCAUUCAAUCAAACCUCAUGGGGUGAUGAUCUUGGGCCAGGAACAGGAUACAUUGGGAGGGAGAUUCGAUGCAACUCAGGCCUUCGUUGGGGAAAUUUCUCAGUUCAACAUGUGGGAUCAUGUCCUGAUGCCAGCAGAGAUCGUGGGUCUGGCCAACUGCACCAGCCAGCUGCAAGGCAACAUAGUCCAGUGGGAUGAGAAGUUGGUUGAAGUCCAUGGAGGGGCAGCCAAAUUAAGUUUUGAGAUCUGUGAGGCAAAAAUGAAGGCAUAAAGGACUUUCGUUCCUGCCACAAGAAAGGAGCAUGCAAGCCACAUUUCCUUCUUUCAAUCUGCUUUGGGAAAGAAAGAACAACAGUUCCUUUCCCCCAUCCAGCAACCUCUUACAGUCAGCCUGGAGAGGGGGGAUGUUGUGUGUGUGUGUGUGUGUCUGUGUGUGUGUGUUUGUGUGUUUGAGAGAGAAAGAGAGAGAGAGCACAUGUAUACAAAGAAGCCUUCUAAACUUAAAAAUGAAAUUAUGACACUAUUUUUCAUUGUUUCAGUAAAAUAUUUUUUAAUUCAUUCUGUGAGUGACUAGACAUUCCACUAAGGAAGCUAAAGUGGUUGGAAAGUAGCCAAUCUCUGAAGAGCAGUAUGAGAAAGGAUAAAAACUGUAUCAGUAGGAAAUUGUUGGUAGAAUUAGCAUCUCCAACACUUCCAAUCUGUUCCAUUGCUGAUACUUUCAGUGAUGCUACUUGAACUCUGUUGAUUGGGAUUGUAAAAGCAUUAAAGCACUGUGUUGACAUUUACCACUAUAAGUCACUGACAGUCUAGAACACAGGUGUCAAACUUGCCACAUUACGUGACGUGUUGUGGUGUUGUGACGUAUCGCAAUUCUUUUUGCAUUGCCAGCAAUGGGGUGGAUGUGACUUCGGUAUGAUGAAACCGGCCUGUGGGCCGGCAAGUUUGACACCCCUGGUCUAGAAUACACAACCCAAUAUACUUCUGCAUGUCCUCACCAGGAUGUUCAGCUGUUUUAUCUUUCUUCUGGCUUUAGUUCAUAGUCUUCCUUGUAAGGUAAAGCAUUAUCACUAAGCAAAAAGUGCCAGAGGUUUCCUUGACUUCACAAAGGCCUAUGCUUGAUGUUCAGAUUUUUUUUUUACACCAGAGAUAUCAUUUCCCUAAUCAGUUACUUGAAUUCCUGUGUUGCCCUGCCACUCUUUUUUUGUUUCUCUAGAUUAUAUAUUUUCAAAUUGUUUUUUAAACCUUUCUUAUAAGCCAUAAUGACAGAUUUUAAGAAGGGCAAGUUCUAAGUGGUAAGCACAGAAUAUGAGCAGUCCUGGUCAACCCUUUUUCUACCCUAGUUUUCCCUUUCAUGGCUACCUUUCCCUUCUAAGGGCUGACUCUCAUUUUGGCUCAUUUUGUUUAUCAUCAUCACAGUGAUGCAGCUGAUUGUGUGAAUUGUAUUCAUUAAAAAGCAUCGUGUCUGAAGUGAUGUGGUAUGUGAUGUGGUAUGAUAUGAAAUGUUAUGCUCUAUGAUAGCUUUUUUAUCCAUGCAUUCUCCUCCUCUGAAUUUCAGCUCAAAGAUUUAUCUGUAAAAGUCAUGCUUUUACUGUAGGAUUCUGAGAGUUGAAAUCUAUAUACCUGAAUUAUGCCUAAGUCAAAGAAAGUUGGCCAAACCAUUUGACUGGAUGAAUUGUUAAUUCAUGAUAGAAAGCUUUUAAUAGUUAGAAACCUGUUGGGAAAUAGGAUUUGGGACCACUCAUUAUUGUCUAACAAUUUGAUCCUGCUAUCCAAAAAUGCCAUCACAAAAAGUCUUACACCACUGCAAUAAAUAUACCACAUUCUGCAAAACUCUGUAAACUGCAGAGGAACACAAUAGGCAAGGAGGUGCAAUUGGGAAAGGGAGCUUGUUAGACAAUGAGAUGAAUUCAUUUACUGUAUUUUAUAUAUCAACCCAAGAGAGAUUCUCCACAUUUUACUGAGAAAUCCUGGUACCGUUGCUAUUUGUCUUACCCCUGAUACAUACUGGAUCUUACAGUAGGCAUUCUCCUCCACUGCAUUAUUAGCUCACAUAUUUAUGGCUAAGCUUAUAAGUGUGCCACUGGAAAUAUGGUUGUGGGUCUUACUUGACAGAUAGCCCUUAGUUAAAGGAGCUUUUGAAAAUCAAAUAAGGAUGGGUUGUAUUUUGGCAACCAAGGAAUGCACCCAUCAUGUGGUUGGGAUGCAAAAGCUAUAGAAGGGAGAACAAUGAAACAACAGUUUGUAGGCAGAGUUGUGCUCUACCUAUGAGACUAAGAUUUUCUGAUUUUUCAUUGACUUUGGCAAGUGAGAGUUUAGAGUUUUGUUUAAUCCUUCCUUUUAAAGAUAUAUUAAAACUAGAAUAGGGCUUCUACUGCAGUGUUUGGAUUCUCCUGCUUCAUUUAUUUAUUUAUUUAUUUAUUUCACCAUUAUUAUUUUAUAUAAAUAACUCAAUAAAUAACUCCUUCCUCUCCUAUUUUCCCCACAAUAUCCCUGUGAGAUGAAUUGGGCGGAGACUGGCCCAAAGUCACCUAGUUGGUUUUCAUGCCUCAGGCAACAUUAGAACUUAUAGUCUCCCAGUUUCUAGCCUGGUGCCUAGACCAUACUGGCUAUCACAGUCAGAAGUGUGCAAGGAGGUGCAGAACAGAUUCUCAGAUCACUUGUGGCCAAGCAGAAUGCUCUAACCUAAGUGAAAUAUAAAGAGUGGCCAGAAUUUAGACAUCAGAUCUUUGGUUGUUCGUUUGUAUGUUUGUUUUACUAAGUAGGUUGGUUGAGUGAGAUAAAAGCAUUUGCAGUCAGUAAGGAAAAUGCAUUGGACAGUUUCUUUAUUUCACACAUUUGCGUAUUUCCCAAGUCAUUUGUCCUGAACAAGAAAGGCUCCCUUUCUCUCUUGAAAAGUACUGAUUUAAUUUCUUUGCUCAAUAAGGCAUCUCUUGCUAUUAGUAUGACAAAUGAAUCAAUCUCAGUGCACCACUUACAUAUUAGAACUUAAUGUUCCUUCAGGUCUUGAUCCUAAUCAAGAGUCAAGACCCUUACGGGCCUUUGUGGCUUCAAAAACAAUGAUAAAGGUCAGUCUUCUCCAAUCUGAUGCUCUCCAAACUCCAAGCUAACCCAACGUCUGGAAAGUCUGGUGAACACUGGUAUAGUAUAUUAGUAAUAUAAAUAAUGUUAGUAUUGUUUUUUUAGGGAGUGAAGAAAGUCCUCCAUUUCAGCCACAAGACACAACUAUCCCCACACUGACUUCCUCAUAUGAAAAGCAAAGAAAAGAUUUUUGGGUUAGAUCACAUGAAUCUAUUCUAAAUAUAUUUUCUCAAAUGUAUCAUGUGAUCUUGGCUAGGUUAUUAACAAUUAAUAUUAAAUUCUAGAUAAAGCCAAAGGGGAAAAAAAAACAACUCAGGAUGCUGCACUAAAAUCUGCAAACCUAAAAAUAUUCAGCUCUCCAAACUUUCCAGCAGAGAACUAGCUGCUCUUUUUUCAGUCUGGUUUUUCUUCUUAUUGUACCUCUCCUGGGACAAAAUAAUGACACCUGAAAAAAUCUUCAGCAUUCCAGGUUUUUAAAAAAUGGUACCAGAGAAAUGGAGGAAGGCACUGGAGAGCUAUAGAAUCUGCUCAUAUGGUGAAAUACAACCAGCAGUGCUUACUUGUAUACCUUUGAGUGCCAGAUGACACAAUUGUUUUAGAAAUUCUGAAUCUACUGUAUUAUGCUCCCUCCCCUACCAUAAACCUUUCUACUUGACAAUACAAAACAUGUGUAUUUAUUCUUUCUCUUUUAGUUUCUCUCUGAUCAGAUGGAGUGAAUGAAGACCAGGUAGAAAAGGCUUGUUCAUAUUAUAUGAACCAUUAAGGAGAGAGUUAUAUGUGAGGAUUCUCUUUUAAUGGAUAAAAAUCUAGUAUAGCUUUCUCCAACUAGGGGUCCUCCUGGUAUGUUGGAUAAUGUGAUGUACACGUUGGAAUUAUGACACACAUUCCUUAACUGUACAAGUAGCCUUGUACAUUUAAGACUGGGAAGAUUAAUGUAGUGUGUAGCCACUUGUACAUUAUUACAUAGGAAAUGUAGAUAAGCAUUAUUUUCACCAAGUGUACACUGCAGAAUCAUAUUAUACGGAGACAGUUUGCUUCUAGUUUUCCCCAGCAUAUGUGUAAUGAUACAAAGGUGUAACCCUGCUCUAUGAAUUAUAAGAAUUAUCCAACAGGCCAAUCUUUAAUCUGUACCACUAAAAAGAUUAACCUCAAAUUGUCUCAUUGCCUACGAGGACCAAACUAUUCAGAGGAAGGAGUGAGCAUAGGAAGAGAAGCAAUCCUGUUCAAAUUGUAAACACUGUGAUCAUAAUAUCCCAAGCCUGUGGGAAAGAAUAAGUUCUCUAACCAUCACCUUCUUCUCUUUCUCUCUUCCUCCUGUAUAUCUGUUUAAAAGGAUGUGAUAUAUGUGCAAACAUGUAUGUAUCAUAUGUUUGGGUUUUUUUGUUUUUUGGGUAUAUUUGACAGUUGACAAUAAAUUUGAUGUUUAUAUUUGA